CGCCGCAUUCACCGGACGCCGCGCGAAGCGAAUCAGCUGGAAUCAGCUGUCCGUUCCGUUUGAUUUCACUUUUGUUUGAAAUGUUCGAUAUGUUCCUAAUAUUGUCGCUGAUAUUUUUGCUGCUCUUGCUCCCGGUUUUUCUCGUUUUAAAUAGACAUCUGGAAAAAUUAAGAUCCGGCAAAAAUGUUUGCGUGCUGGUGCUCGGCGAUAUUGGCAGAAGCCCACGAAUGCAAUAUCACGCGAUCUCCUUCGCCCGGGAAGGGUUCGCCGUAGAUAUUGUGGGUUACCCCGGCUCGCCGCCGUUGAGGGAGAUCUGCGAGAAUCCGCGCAUAAGGGUUUACUACAUGCAACCGCCUCCCGACUUACGAGACAAUUUACCACGUCUACUCUAUUAUAUAAUAAAAGUGGCGUGGCAAACGGUUAAUCUUCAUUGGGUAUUGUUCUACAAAUGUCCGUCAAAUAUAUUGAUAACGCAGAAUCCACCCGCGAUUCCUGCCAUUCCAGUAUGUUGGCUUUACAGCUUUAUGGUUGGUUGUUUUUUCGCGGAUACGCAGUUUGUGAUCGACUGGCAUAAUUAUGCUCAUUCAAUCAUGGCAUUAAGCCUAGAAAAGAAUCAUAUCCUAGUUAGAUUAACAAGAUUUGUCGAGGCAACGUUUGGCUACAAAGCAAAGAAUAAUUUUUGUGUUACCAAAGCGAUGAAGGAGGAUUUAGAAAAGAAAUGGGCUAUCCGAGCAACGGUCUUGUAUGAUAGACCGAUGGAUAAAUUCCAUCCAAUAACUUUGGCAGAGAAGAAUUCAUUUCUGUGUAAAUUAGCUGAAACAUACGAUAUAUCGAUACCUUCUUCACCCAAAAAAUCUGGCUUUAUUGUAUCGAGCACUAGUUGGACCCAGGAUGAAGAUUUUUCAAUACUGUUAUAUGCGUUACAAAAAUACGAAGACGCGUGCGAAAAUAGUGAGUUAAACUUGCCAGACUUGGUUUGCGCGAUAACGGGCAAAGGACCGUUAAAGGAUUUCUACAUGGCUAUUAUUAAUUUAAAAAAGUGGAAACAUGUUCAAGUAAAGACGCCAUGGCUUGAGAAUGAGGACUAUCCUAAGAUAUUAGCUAGUGCAGACUUGGGUGUAUGUCUUCACACAUCGUCCAGUGGAUUGGAUUUACCAAUGAAAGUCGUCGAUAUGUUUGGCUGUCGUUUACCAGUUUGCGCAUACAAUUUUAAUAGCUUAUCGGAGCUAGUAAGGCAUAAUGAGAACAGUUUGGUAUUCGCGGACGAGGAGGAACUGGCUGAGCAAUUGAAGAUGUGGUUUCAAGAUUUCCCUAAUAACGAGACACAACGGCAGUUGCGUGAAAAAUUUCAAGAAAACAUGUUUACAUCUCAGCAGAAUGAUAAUGAUUGGCAUGGUAACUGGAAGCUCAAUGUGUUGCCUUGUUUUCAAAAAUAAUUUUCAAAAAUAAUGUAUCUGCACAAUAUUGUUUUUAAUAAUUUUGUACGUAAGCUUUGUUCCCUCCUGCUAUUACUUACACAUAAUACUUGUUGAUAUCUAAGAAUAUUUUACAUUUUAUAAUGCUAUAGUAUAAGAUUUCUCAAUUUGUAAAAAUAUGGAUCAUUACCAAAUUGCAUUCAAUUCAAAUAUCUUUAAUUUUUCGAAAAAGUAGAAUUAUAUUAAAAUAUAAUAUGUAUUCAAUAUAUUUUUUAAUUUUAUACUUUAUUAUAAUAUUAAAUAUGUAUACUUUCAUAUAGAUACUAUGAUAUAUACAAUGAUCUCAUUUAUAUUAAGAGAAAGAUAAACCAAAUACAUUACAAAGUUACGUUUGAUUUA